GAUGUAACAGACUUCUUUUUACAGUCACUGGUAACAUGAUACAUCACAAGGAGGCCACAUGGAGAGUGAGCAGCAGAGAGUUGAUGCUGCUGAUCUUUAGCUCAUUAGAUGGUCAGUUAGCUCCAUCUAGUGGACAGAUAGUAGAACUCCAUCAUCUGAUGGGGGACAGCUUAAAUCAUCAGGGAAACAUAAAGGAUGUGUCAGAACUUGUGUUCAACCCACAGCCAUCUUCCAACUACUGAGACAGACUUGGUUUGUGUGGGCCUGAAGGAAAGAGCAGCUGAUUCUCUGUUUUCUACAGUAUCUGUGACAUGUUAGAGAGGAAUGAGAGACUAAUGUGUCCUGUGAUGAAAAGCUUGUUAUAGUGACAGAGGUCAUGUCUCCCAGCAGGUGAGGACUCUGCUAUGAGUCAGUGUGAGGACAGAGAGGAGGGAGCCCCUCCCUCUAAAAAACCCACUCUGUGUGGGGACCAUGACAGCCAGACCAAAGCUCAGAGGAUGCAGCAGCAGAAACCUGGACCUGAACCCAGCUGUGUGUCCAUGAAUAGUGACUGGUCUAUGGAUCGUCCUAUUAACUUUAAAGAUGGACAAGCUGUUGAUGAAAGUCUGCAGCAAAGACCUGAACCCAGCUGUGUGUCCAUGAAGACUGACUGGUCUAUGGAUCGUCCUAUUAACUUUAAAGUUGGACAUGCUGCUGAUGAAAGAACACUUGAUGUUUUCUCCAGAGUUCAACAGGAGAGUUCAGAGGGCCUCGAUGGUCAGUCUGCCCAGCUGCAUCAAACAGACCUGGACUCCAUAUUUAUGCUGCUGGAGGAGAACAUUGUCACCUUUGUGAAGAACGAGCUGAAAAAGAUCCAGAAGGUUCUGAAUCCAGCUUACCCAGAAUUCUUAGAGAGUCAGAAGAAGGCUGAGGAUGUGUUGGACGGUGAGGAUGAAGAGCAGAGUAGGAGCAGCAGAGACGCAUUUCUGAAGAUCACGCUGUACUUCCUGAGGAGAAUGGAGCAGGAGGAGCUGGCUGACUGUCUGCAGAGCUGUUGUUCAGAAACUCGUGUUGCAGUGUGCAUCCCUAAAUUCAAGUCCAACCUGGAGAAGAAGUUCCAGUGUGUGUUAGAGGGGAUUGCUAAAGCAGGAAACCCAAUCCUUCUGAAUAAGAUCUACACGGCAAUCUAUAUCACAGAUGAAGGGACUGCAGAGGUCAAUGAUGAACAUGAGGUCAGACAGAUUGAAACAGCAUCCAGAAAACCAGACAGACCAGAAACAACAAUCAGACAAGAAGACAUUUUUAAAACCCCACCUGGAAGAGAUGAACCAAUCAGAACAGUGAUGACAAAGGGAGUGGCUGGCAUCGGGAAAACAGUCUUAACACAGAAGUUCACUCUGGACUGGGCUGAAGACAAAGCCAACCAGGACAUCCAGUUCAUAUUUCCAUUUACUUUCAGAGAGCUGAAUGUGCUGAAAGAGAAAAAGUACAGCUUGGUGGGACUUGUUCAUCACUUCUUUAGUGAAACCAAAGAAGCAGGAAUCUGCAGGUUCGAAGAGUUCCAGGUUGUGUUCAUCUUUGACGGUCUGGAUGAGUGUCGACUUCCUCUGGACUUCCACAACUCUGAGAUCCUGACUGAUGUUACAGAGUCCACCUCAGUGGGUGUCAUUCUGACAAACCUCAUCAGGGGGAAUCUGCUUCCCUCUGCUCGCCUCUGGAUAACCACACGACCAGCAGCAGCCAAUCAGAUCCCUGCUGAGUGUGUUGACAUGGUGACAGAGGUCAGAGGGUUCACUGACCCACAGAAGGAGGAGUACUUCAGUAAGAGAUACAGAGACAAGAAGCAGGCCAGCAGAAUCAUCUCCCACAUCAAGACAUCACGAAGUCUCCACAUCAUGUGCCACAUCCCAGUCUUCUGCUGGAUCACUGCUACAGUUCUGGAGGACGUGUUGAAGACCAGAGAGGGAGGAGAGCUGCCCAAGACCCUGACUGAGAUGUACAUCCACUUCCUGGUGGUUCAGUCCAAACUGAAGAACAUCAAAUAUCAUGGAAAAUCUGAGAGAGAUCAACACUGGAGUCCAGAGAGCAAGAAGAUGAUUGAGUCUCUGGGAAAACUGGCUUUUGAGCAGCUGCAGAAAGGCAACCUGAUAUUCUAUGAAUCAGACCUGACAGAGUGUGGCAUCAAUAUCAUAGAAGCCUCAGUGUACUCAGGAGUGUUCACACAGAUCUUUAAAGAGGAGAGAGGACUGUACCAGGACAAGGUGUUCUGCUUCGUCCAUCUGAGUGUUCAGGAGUUCCUGGCUGCUCUUUAUGUCCAUCUGACAUUCAUCAACUCUGGAGUCAACCUGCUGUCAGAAGAAGAAUCAACACCCCAGAAGACUGAAACCAGCGAAGAUGGAUCUUCACAGUUCUACCAUAGUGCUGUGGACAAGGCCUUACAGAGUCAAAAUGGUCACCUGGACUUGUUCCUUCGCUUCCUCCUGGGUCUUUCACUGCAGAUCAAUCAGACUCUCCUACGAGGUCUGAUGACACAGACAGGAAGUAGCUCACAGACCAGUCAGGAAACAGUUAAGUACAUCAAGACGAAGAUCAGUGAGAAUCUAUCUGCAGAGAGAAGCAUCAAUCUGUUCCACUGUCUGAAUGAACUGAAUGAUGGUUCUCUACUGGAGGAGAUCCAACAGUCCCUGAGUUCAGGAAGUCUCUCCACAGAUGAACUGUCUCCUGCUCAGUGGUCAGCUCUGGUCUUCAUCUUACUGUCAUCAGAAAAAGAUCUGGACGUGUUUGACCUGAAGAAAUACUCUCCUUCAGAAGAGGCUCUUCUGAGGCUGCUGCCAGUGGUCAAAGCCUCCAACAAAGCUCUGUUAAGUGCUUGUAACCUGUCAGAGAGAAGCUGUGAAGCUCUGUCCUCAGUUCUCAGCUCCCAGGCAUCUAGUCUGAGAGAGCUGGACCUGAGUAACAAUGACUUGCAGGAUUCAGGACUGAAGCUGAUGUCUCCUGGACUGAAGGGUCAACACUGCAGACUGGAAACUCUCAGUCUCUCAGGCUGUAUGAUCUCAGAGGAAGGCUGUACUUCUCUGGCCUCAGCUCUGAGCUCCAACCCCUCCCAUCUGAGAGAGCUGGACCUGAGCUACAAUCAUCCAGGCGACUCAGGAGUGAAACUGCUUUCUACUUUACUGGAGGAUCCAAAAAACAGACUGGACACUCUCAGGGUGGACCAUGGUGGACCGCAGAUUUUGAGACCUGGUCUGAGGAAGUAUGUCUGUGAACUGGGACUGGACACAAACACAGUACACAGAGGACUUAAACUGUCUGACAACAACAGGAAGGUGACACGUGUGAGAGAGGAUCAGUCAUAUCCUGAUCAUCCAGACAGAUUUGACUACUGGGCUCAGCUGCUGUGUAGAAAUGGUCUGAGUGGUCGCUGUUACUGGGAAGUCGAGAGGAGAGGAUGGGUUAAUAUAGCAGUGAGUUACAGAGGAAUCAGAAGGAGAGGAAACAGUGAAGACUGUAGGUUUGGAUGGAACGAUCAUUCCUGGAGUCUGCACUGCUCUGAUGAUGGUUACUAUUUCAGGCACAAUAACAGAAGAACAUUCAUCUCCUCCUCCUCUGUCUCUAACAAAGUAGGAGUGUAUGUGGACGUUCCUGCUGGCACUCUGUCCUUCUACACAGUCUCCUCUGACUCACUGAUCCAACUCCACACCUUCAACACCACAUUCACUCAACCUCUUUAUCCUGGGUUUGGGAUCUGGUCCGCUGGUGCCUCUGUGUCUCUGUGUCCUCUGCAGGACUAAGAGUCUCUCCUGUGGACAGAAACACUGACUGAAGAUCAGCUGCUGAAAUCAAAGUUCAGUCUGUUCACCAUCACACACACUCUGCACUGUGAAGCAGAUCUGAGACUCAAACACAAAAACAUUCAUCUGAUUUCAUCUCUGGGAUUAUCAACAUUUGAACUGUUGGACUAAAAACACUUCAUGAUAUGCAAAAUGUAAAAAAUAAUCAACAGUUAUUGGUUACUAUUAUGUCCUUUUAUAUUUUGAAUAAUAUUGUAAUAUUUCAAAUUUGGAAAACAAAUGUUUCUAUAAACAAUUAUCAUAUAGUCUGUUUCUAAAUGCUUUUAAUAAAAUCUAUACGUUUCA